AUGGGCCAAGUCUGCCAGCGUCGGGCUCCGGCUAAGGAGGCGAAGCCGGCGGCCCUGGCUCAGGCUGCCCAAGAGCUGGUGGCGAAGCAGCAUGACCCAAAGCGGUACAACAACGACUACUCCCGGUUUGCGAAUAUCGAAGACUCUGAAGAGGAGGAAGCGCCGCGCGCAGACGACAAUUCAGCUGAGGAGCAAACGCCCCCAGAGCCGCCAGAAAUGGGGAAGAUGAACCCCACACAGGAGCAGCGACGGCGAAUCAAAGAGGACAUAAUGGAGCUUUGCCGCAAGAGAGCUGCUGAGGACGUGCGGCAGGUGCCGGAACGCCUCACAGAAGAGGAGAUGCCAAAGGCUGCCAAGCUUCCGCCAGACCACAAACAGCCGGUUGGCACACUCACGGUGGAGCAGCUCGCAAAGUAUUCGUGCAGCAACGACCGCAUGCUGAUGUCCUGCCACGGGGACAUCUUCGAUGUGUCCAGUCGGCCUGAUGUGUACGGAUAUGGCCCAAAGUCUUGGCAAGCAGGCAAGGACAUCACCUGGUCCGUGGUCACUGGCAAGGAAAAGCCGAAUCAGUGCAAUCGCUUCUAUGACGUGUUCAAGUUGGAUUCUGACCAUUGCGGCCGGUAUUUGCAAAUGAUCUGCGCCCGGCUUCUAUCUUUGCAGGAAGACUUCGGCGAGCCGGUUGGGCGCUUGGAUCAGUUUGUGAAUGAGCGGCUGCUUCCUGCGGCCCCGACCGACGAAGUGGAGGACUGCAAGCAGCAGCCCUUGGGCCUCGAGAUGCCUCGAUUUGCUUUCUGUGCUUUUGCGUUUAGCCUCCUAUACGGCUUCACAGGGCUGAAAGGGCUUAAGGGUGUCUUUUGUGAACCUUGUGUUCAGUAUCAGGGCAAGGUUUUGACGAGUGUUUUGGGCUGUGCCGGGUUGCAGUAG